AUGAGGGCGACUUCUAUCGUGAGGCUCCCAUCUUCGUCAGUGCCGAGGAGUCUGUUCGUGGACUGCACCUCGAUGCCGUGGAGGCCGUGUUCAUCUUGGGACUACCCAAAGCCGGAGCAUCUUACGUUCAUAUGGCCGGCAAGUCAGAGAGAAUUUGUGCUGUCGGUUCCGGAAUCGUGCUCGGGGCGAAAGUCUGUCUGGCUCGAAUGCCCUUGCAAGCUAGGACUUGCUCUCGCACCCACAGCUAUACAUGCUGCAGCCUGA